CGCUUCAGGCGGCCCCGCCCAAACUUUUCUUCCUCACCUUACGGCAGAGUUGGGAACUCUGCCUUAGGUUUUAUCUCUUUUAGAGAGGGAUGUCGCAAUGUUGGGCUAGAAAACUCUGGGUUUACGACUGCAGCUCUCGCUUUCCGGCCAAUACCGAGGUGCCCGAAGGCUGGCUGGGGAGGUGAGGCCCGAGGCAGCUUCUGGAAUUUCUGAGCAGCCCUGGUCAGUACAAGAUGGACCCAGUAGUCUUGAGUUAUAUGGACAGUCUACUGCGACAAUCAGAUGUCUCACUGUUGGAUCCUCCAAGCUGGCUCAAUGACCAUAUUAUUGGGUUUGCCUUUGAGUACUUUGCCAACAGUCAGUUUCAUGACUGCUCUGACCACAUCUGCUUCAUCAGCCCAGAAGUCACCCAAUUCAUCAAGUGCACUGGCAACCCAGCAGAGAUCGCCAUGUUCCUUGAACCCUUGGACCUCCCCCACAAAAGAGUGGUAUUUUUAGCCAUCAAUGAUAAUUCCAACCAGGCAGCUGGGGGAACCCAUUGGAGUUUGCUGGUUUAUCUCCAAGAUAAAAAUAGCUUUUUUCAUUAUGAUUCCCAUAGUAGGAGCAAUUCAGUCCAUGCAAAGCAGGUAGCAGAGAAACUGGAGGAUUUCUUAGGCAGAAAAGGAGACAAACUGGCCUUUGUGGAAGAGAAAGCCCCUGCUCAACAAAACAGCUAUGACUGUGGGAUGUAUGUGAUAUGUAACACUGAGGCCUUGUGUCAGAGUCUCUUUAGGCAACAGCCAGAAUCACUGUUGCAGCUACUCACUCCUACAUACAUCACAAAGAAGAGGGGCGAAUGGAAAGAUCUCAUUGCCAGACUUGCUAGAAAUUAGCUGUUUAAGUAUUUUUGUGACUUUUGAAGUCUCUUUCUGCCUGUCCCCAUUUAUUGGAUGGUUGCAAUCUCAGUGCCUGAGGGAAGAUGCCUGGUAGAGGGAAACUUAGGAUUCUUACUUUUUCCUAAGAGAAUAUUAUCCUUUGCAUUAUCCUAAUGGAAAGUUUCACUUUAACCCUAACUUGAGAGCAAUAUGUUCUUUGAAAAUGUCUUCAAAUUAUGCAUCAGAACCUUAAAAUGAAGCAUUUUAAGGUAAAUGCUUAAACAUUUAGUAAUUCCCUUUUGGUCUUCCUUUUCCACAUUGGCUUAAUCCAAAGGAAAAGAAGCAAUCUGUUUUAAAAAAAACUAAGAAUAUGUGAAAUCUAGAGGAAUGCAAGAGAAGAAAAUGAUAGAACCAAAAACUUACUUCACAGCCCACCUAUUUCAAGAGAUCAACUGGCUAGAAGCAGAUCAAGACCUAACCUAAUUCAAGAUCUAAAUAUUAUGAGACUCAAUUAUUCAGUUCUAUCUCUUCCAUUUGUUAUACAAAGGCUUUCCCAGCCAUAGCCUUUGCAAAUAUUUGAUAAGAUGAUGUUAGCCCAUCUUCCCCCAUCUGAUUUCUGGAGUGCUUUAAGAACAGAUAAAUCUCGGAGUUUCUGCUGUGGUACAAUGAGAUUGGCAGCAUCUCUGGAGCACUGGGACGCAAAAGAUCAACCCCUGGACUGGCAGGGUGGGUUAGGGAUCCAGUGCUGCCACAGCUGCGGUGUGGGUCACAACUUUGGCUCACAUCUGACCCCUGAUCCAGGAUCUCCAUAUGCCCUGAGGCAGCUCAAAAAGGAAAAAGAAAGAGAAUGGGUAAAUCUCAAAUACAUUAAAUAAAUGGCUGUGGCAGACUUCUUAGUUUGCUCAGUGAGUUGCC